AUGGGUCAGCGGCUCCCCCGGGCCAAGUCAAGGCAGCCGGGUGGCCUUGACCCGGGCGUGAGCGUGCCCACGGCGAGCGCGGCGCGGCGUGGACGCGGCCACGUCGCGCGUGCGUUGCUGAGUGUCGGCCACGCGCUGCGCGAGCGGCGGCACUUCACAGAGGCGGACGUGGCGGCGUACGCGGCGGUCAGCGGCGACCGCAACCCGGUGCACCUCGACGACGCCGUCGCUCGGGAGCUGAGCGGGUUCCAGCGCGGCCGCGUCGUGCACGGAAUGCUCGUGGACUCCCUCUUCCCUUCCAUCAUCGCCGCCCGCUUCCCUGGCGCGGUGUACGCGAGCCAGACCCUCAAGUUUGCCGCGCCGGUGUACGUCGGAGAUGAGGUGGUCGCUCGAGUUCAGGCACUCCACAUCAGGACCACGACGGCGGACAGCACCACGGCAAGCCGAUACGUGGUCAAGUUCGCGACCAAAUGCUUCACAGAUGAAGAGGAGGGCUCUCUUGCGAUCGAAGGGGAAGCCAUGGCUGUCCUACCCACACUGGAGCUCAGCUCUGAUUCAACUACCAAGUAGUAAUAAAAAGGUGACGAAUGCUGUUGCUUAAUUGUAGUACUAGUACAAGUAGCACAAUGCACAAGCUACGUUGCAAAUCAGAACAUCUUGUGCUGUCCUUCAGAAAUUUUUCGUAUCCCACAUGAAAAUCCCUCUCCUCACUAACGCUGCUUAUGGCGUACACUGGAAUGUGUGUGAAUUGAGCUUAUUAUAGCAGUCACACUUUUUGCAAGGACAGUGAAGUAAACCUGUUGCUUUCUCUAUGAAUCCAGGUGAGUGUGUUUAGUGGGCCAAUCACCAGCGCCUGUCUAUCUUGUACUAUCAUGUCUGUUAACUGCUGGCUACUCUCUACUGCCAUUUAAUCA